AUGGGUCCAGUUCGUGGAUCAACCAUGACGCAUCGCCGAUCGUCGUGGAGAAAUCGUCGCCUUGUAGCUGGCCGGCGGGAAAUGGACCUCGCCAUUGGGCGUGAUCGCGGUGUUGGACGGUUGAAAGAAAUAGGCGCGUCGGUUGUGGAUUUUCACGCGGCCAAAAUCGAGCGCGGCGCCGAAGACCUGUGUCGCAUAAUGCAACUCGCCCGAUGCGAGCGAUCGGCGGAUGAUCGUCGGCUCAUUCCCAAUCUCCCAUCGCAUGACGAACGCCGACAGGGGCGAUGCUUGCCGCCCCUCACCAUCGGGGUACAGCCGGUAUGUCGCUCCAAUCGUUCCGUAACUGGACCCCGGCCUCCGCCGGGCUGGAGCAUGGAGGGCGAGUGGCCGAUUUUACAAUCAUCCCCGCGAUCAGUAGAUGGCUUGCUGGCGAUUUCCGCGCGCGCAGCCUCUGGCUGGGCUAGGCGUUGGGGCGUGAUGCGUCGUUUGCUUUAUCUGCUCCCCGUCCCUCUGUUGCUGACCGCCGCGAUGAUCGCCCCCCGUGCGCAUCAUGAGGGCGGCCGCAAGCGCCGACGGUGCCGAGGAUGUAGUCGCCGCCGCCGCCUGAUCCGGGGUGGCAAUACUUGCCCGAUACCGAGGCGCGCUGGAUUCCGUUUCAGUUGA